AAAUUGAAAUGCCAAGCCAAAAACCAAAAACUGAUACCUAUAUUACCUAUUGAAUUGAAACCGUCCGCUCCAUUAGUUUUACCUAUUUAUUUUAUCCAAAAAUCGAAAUUUUGUGAAGUUUUCUUUUUGUGUCUCAGCAAAUAGUAUGUGAGCUCCAGCUCUUCAGACAGUACAUACUUCAUCACACCCUAGUGGAAUCAUCGUUUCCCAAAAUCAUCGUCAAAGGAAGUAUUGAAUUUUAAAUAAUUUUGAAGAACAGGCCUCUCUUAAUUUUUAAGUACAUGAAAUAACUUGAAUAUGGAUGAUCAGCCCUCUAAACGAAAGUACAAUGAUAAACAUCUAGAAGCAACCCCUGUUCGUAAAAAAAGGGGGAAAAAUGAGCGACCAUCAACAUCGCCUUUAAAGGUAUCCCAACAUUUUAAUCAUGUCUCACCAUCGCUGAGAUGUAAUCCUGUUACCAGGCACAGGACAGGAUAUCUGGCCCGCAAAAGCACUCUGAAGGGCACAAAAGAGCUUACUUCCAGUACCUUUACCUCACUCACCCAGCGAUCAUCACCUAUAACUCUGGUCAAGGAUUCUAGUCCUGAAUCUCCAUCAAGUAGUCCUUCCUCCAGUGGGCGUAAAAUUUUACAUCAAAAAUUGAGCUUGAAUUCAAUGAGUCCUCCCAAAUCACCUGAAUUAGAUAUAUUAACCAGCGACAACAAUCUUAAUCAAUUAAAUGAUUCAGACUUGGAUAAUUUUAAUCCUGAUACAGCUUCAAAUGUAAUUGAAAACUCUGUCAAAUUUAUGUCAGAUGAUUCUGCUCUAGAGAAUUUUGAUCCAGAUAAGGUAAUCAAAGAGAAAAACUCAAAUAGCUGGGAUAACGCUGAUGGUUCCUCUCCAGAAGAUAUUGAAUUACUAGAGGAAGCCUCAGCUUCAGCUGACCGUACUUGUCAGACCUACGAAAAACUUAAAAAAUCUAAAGAAUUGCAUUUCUCAAAUCUUGACAACCAGGAAAGGGUAGAAACAAGCUGUCAGAGCAGACCCUUAGUGCUGGGGUGUAGUCCUGUAACUAGACACAGGACAGGAAAUAUCAGUCUGCAGGAGACAAAAAAGUCUAUCCCUGGUACCUUUACCUCACCUGUCCAGCAACCAUCACCAAUAACGCCGGUCAAGGAUUUUAAUCCUGAAUCACUAUCAAAUAGUCCUUUCAUAAGUGGACGUGAAGUUUUUAAUCAACAAUUGAGCUUUAAUUCAAUGAGUACUCCUAAGCCGACUAAAUUAGAUAAAUCAACUAGCCAAAGAUAUUUGGAUCAAUUUAAUGAUUCAGAUUUGGAUCAUUUUAAUCCUGAUACAGCCUCAAAUGUAACUAAAAACUCUGACAAAUUUAUGUCAGACGAUUCUGCUCUAGAGAAUUUUGAUCCAGAUAAUUUAGUCAAAGAAAAAACGUCAGAUAGCUGGAAUAAUGCUGAUGGUUCUUUUCAAGGAGAUAUUGAAUUGCUAGUGGAGACCUCAGCUUUAGCUGAUCGUUCUCGUCAGAUCCAUGAAAAACUUGGAAAGACGAAUGAAAAGCAAGAAUUACUAGUCAAAUCCCUGACGUCAGAGGAUCAAUAUGAUCCUGAGGGAAAAACUGUUGAUGAGAAUGAAAUUGAUGGCAGGUAUUGCUUAAGGCAAUUACAGCCAUCCUGUCCAGAUUCAAAAAAAUUGCAUAUCUCAAACCUUGACAACCAGGAACGGAUGGAAACAAGCUGCCUGCGCGAAGCCUUAAAUGAGAGUGCGAAUAAUUUCAACCAGCGUGAUGUGCAUAACAUUACUUUGGUACUAAGUCAAGAUGAUGCAAACUCUUGGGACACCACUCCUUCAACGCCCAAAGGAGCUGAUUAUUCCCUAUCCCCUCCAUUAAAAUCCCGGGAUUCAGGCCUUGGAGUCUCUUUUGACUCCAAAGACAAUAAUGCAGCUUGUGACAAAAGCUUCAACAAAUCUUUAACUACUCCGACGCCAAAGGGGUUAACUUCCAAGCUGAUGGUUAGUAAAAAUAUCACAGAGCAGCUGAAAACAAAUAACGGAGAAAAGUGUGCUGUACGUCAAGAAAAAAGUAAUGUUCUGAGAAUUUCAGAGGAGUUCUUCGGUCUUCCUUACAAAGUCAAAUUAUUGAUAAGCAAGUACAAAGGAAUACCUGAUCUUUAUGCUUGGCAGAAGGAAUGUUUGAACUUGGAGGCCAUCAAAAAAAGGAAGAAUCUAAUAUAUGCUCUGCCUACUAGUGGUGGAAAAACUCUGGUAGCUGAAAUACUAAUGUUCAGGGAAAUGCUCAUCCACGAAAAGAAUGUCAUUUUCAUUCUACCCUAUGUUUCCAUAGUGCAAGAAAAGGUACGAGCUCUAUCGCCAUUUGGAGUUGAGCUGAAUUUUGUAGUUGAAGAGUAUGCUGGUGGAAAAGGCGUGUUCCCUCCUGUUAAACGUCGUCGGAAGAGGAUAAUUUAUGUUGCUACUAUCGAAAAAGCAUCAGGCCUUGUGAACAACCUAUAUGAAACAGGUAGACUUGAGGAAGAAAUCGGGCUCAUUGUAAUUGAUGAACUGCACCUGAUUGGUGAGCCAAGGGGAGCCAUCCUUGAAGCAACUCUGACGAAAAUUAUGUAUGCUAAUUUGCAGAUUCACAUCGUAGGAAUGAGCGCAACAAUAGGUAAUCUGCACGAACUGGAACAAUUUUUGAAUGCAGAAAUUUUCACCCAUAACUUUCGGCCUGUAGAACUCACAGAAUAUGUUAAAUGUGAGUCUCAAGUUUACUCAAUCACCAGUGAUUUAGAAGGAAAAAAGUUGACACCUCUGCGACAAGUAAAACUGCAGCCUAAUGAUCCUGACUUUGUAGCUGGUCUAGUGAGAGAAGUCAUUCCUGAUCAUUCUUGUCUAGUAUUCUGUGCAUCGAAAAAAAAUUGUGAGAAUGUUGCCUUGCUUAUCUGUAGGACUCUAAAUGAAUCCUUCCAGGAGCCAAAAAAAGACAUAAGAAAUGCUUUACUCCGUGCCUUAGCUGAGGAAGGAAAUGGAGAUAUUUGUAAAAUCUUGAAACAAACAAUUCCGUUUGGAGUUGCAUAUCAUCAUUCCGGUUUGACGAUUGCCGAAAGAAAACUGCUCGAAGAAGCGUUUUGUUCAAACACCAUUUGCUGUAUUUGUUGCACCUCAACUCUUGCAGCAGGAGUCAAUUUACCGGCCAAACGGGUUAUCAUUAGAUCUCCGUAUGUUGGUAAUAAAUUUAUCACGCUCAGCCAGUAUAAGCAGAUGAUCGGUCGAGCUGGGAGAGCUGGAUUUAAUGAAGAUGGUGAAAGUUUUUUGCUCUGUCAGAAGAAUGAUGUUCUGAAGAUCAUGACUCUGCUUAACUCUAAGAUUAAUUCCUGUGAUAGUCAACUGAAAGAGACCAAUGCCUUCCCGUCUUUAAUCUUAAGUGCAGUCGGUCUUGGUCUGGUGAGUUCACCAGAUGAUAUCAAAUUGUUUUUCAAUAACACGCUCUUUCACGCCCAAAAUGGCCUUGAUGCCGAUUUUGAUGGUUUAUUGGAAAAUUCAAUCAAGGACUUGCUUGAUGUUGGUGCCCUCCAAACAAAAAAGCAUGGGGACAUGAGCGUUUACCAAUUAAGUGAUCUGGGGCGAGGUGCUGUGAAAGCUAACAUUACAAUUGAUGAUGCCAAAGUUUUAUAUGCUGAUUUGAAGAUUGCGUUGAAAUGUGUCUCUCUGAGCAACUAUCUGCACCGACUUUACUUAAUCACGCCCUAUUCCAUGGCCUGUCAAAUUCCUAUUAACAAGGACAUUUAUUUCAAUGUGUACAUGGCUCUAGAUGCUGAAGAAUUGAACGUUGCUAAAAUUAUUGGCAUUGAUGAUGGCUGCAUAAUGAAGUUUAUGUCAGGCAGAAAAUCUACUGACAACGUAUCACAUAUAAUGCAUCGAUUUUACUUGACUUUGAUUCUCCAUAAAUUAUGGAUGAACAGGAAUGUAUGGGAAGUUGGAUCUUUAUUCAAUAUUCCCAGAGGAUUAGUGCAUUCUCUCUUAACUUCUGCAGCCAGUUUCAAUUCCAGUGUCAUUCGCUUUUGUGAGGAGCUGACUCAGUUUAGUUCGAUUGCUGUCCUCUUGAAAGAGAUGUCAGAAAGACUUGUCCAUUGUUGCUCUGCUGAGCUAUUACCCCUCAUGGAGCUACCGUCUGUCAAGCUUGGACGUGCAAAACAGCUACUGCGUGCAGGUUACAAGAAUCUUCAAUUAAUAGCCCGGUCAGAUGUGAACUCGAUGGUCAGAGCAAUCGAUCAUCUUCCUAAGCGAGUAGCUUGCCAAAUAAUAGCAGCAGCCAAGUUGCUGCUACUUGCAAAAGCGGAACUACUUCAAGAGGAGGCUGAACAAGUUCUAGAAGGUCUAGAAGGUAUGAAGCUGUAUUAGUUCAGGUACAUCAUUCUGCCAGUGAGCCCAAACCUUUUCUGUUCUCAUCAAAAUCUCACCAUUUUUCUGUGAUAAAUUGUCCUUUUCUGUGAUAAUAAGUAUGACUUUGUUUGUGGUUAGGAAGUUAGGUCAAAUUCGAGAGAAAACAAAAAAAAGAGAAGUUGAAAAUUUCUAAGACAGUUCUAGCUGCUCCUGAAAUAGUGAGUUUAAUUUAUGUUUCUGGGAACAGGAGAGUUCGUGCUUUGGUCCUAAGGGUUGAGAAGUAAAGGGGACUCAUGUGGAUAAGCCCUCAAAGCUCUAUGUAGUAGGUACCUACUCCUAGACUUCUAGGUUUGUUGUGGUGCUAGCAAAUAGUGUAGAAAAUAAUUUAAGAAUACAUACUUUUAACUGAACCUACAGAGAAGUUCCAGAUCAUUUUGCAAAGCACUAUUUUCUUUCAGAUUCUACAUCCGUUUUAGACUUUUUAAAUCACACAUUUCAAAAAUGGGAUUUAUUUUUAUUCUUUAGUAGUUUUAUUUCUUAGUCCUCAUUCAUUUUAAGUUUUUAGGCUCUUUGUAAUUACAAACGCUGAGUUGCCUGUAAAAGAAAUAACAAAUUACUUUAUCAAAGAAAUUAAAUUUGAGACUUCACCUAUGAGCACUUAUUUUUUUAGGAUUUAAGCAACACAGCAAUUAAGUUCCUCUUACAGCUUGAAUCAUGAGCUAAAAAAUCGUCUAUAUCUUUUUAAUCUUAAGUUCUUAGGAAAUAAUCCAUUCCUUGUUGAAAAAACAAAUAUUACAUCAUUCAUAACAUGUGUGUGUCAUGUAUUUUUUACUAAAAAGUAUCUUUAUCAAGAGUUCAAGUUCACAUGGAGAAAUUCAUAGUUUUUUAUAAAAACUUCCUGAAAAAUCUGAGGAGGGAAGUGAAAAUUGAAAAUUCCUAUGGAGGUCAUCCUUUCUGUUACAAUUGUAUCACACUCCUCCACUUCUAUUACUGUAUAAAGUUUCUUGGUAAUUUUCUGUUCUGGAUUAAACAAAAUGGAAACUCCGAGUUUAUACCAGUUCCUUUCCAUUAUGGUCAAAACAAAAUUUGAGACGGAUGAUUUUCCAUUCUUCAUUAUUGACGGAUUAGUUGUUGCUCUUGAAACAAUUAAACAAAACUAUUUUCUAAUUAUCGGUUGGAACAAAAUACUCAAUCUUAGAUUAGCUCUUCACUUUAUUUUUCUCUUUUCAAGUUUUUCUACUCUUAUUUAUUUUAAGUCCUCCUUUCAGUGCCAUUAGAAAUCUAGUUGUGUUGUGAUAUGUGAUCCACAAUUGUAGGUUUUUUCUUGAACUAUGGAUUAUGGAGAUGCUUUCACAAGCUUUUAAAUGUCGUGAAGUGUUUCAUCACUGAAGAAACAUGCUAUCAGUGAUUCUGUGAAGGUGUUCCAGUCAAAUUUCGUUUAGAGAUUAAGUUUUGUUUUCCAAUGUCUCCGAAUAAAAUAAAUUUUAUCAAUGUUACCAAUGAA